CGGGACUUCUGUCGGGUGUGCUGAUAGGCAAUUCGGGUUGCCUAGUGUAGUCCCACCCCACGCGACUGCUAGUCUACUAGCCAUGCUUUUGCAUGCCAUUUGUCCGCCCGGGGCUGGGACCUCCGAUCUGAAUAGCCAGUAGAAGCAGUAGACUAUACACCACCAAGUAUUUUAUUAUUUCCCCCCACACUCACUCAUCUCUAAGAAUGCGAGGUAAGCACCAACACACCGCACCGCGGCAUCCUCACCAUCGGAAUCCUCCGAGCCAAGAGCCAAGCAAACGCAGCCCCGACUCGCCAGUCAUUCAUCCCGUCCCCGUAUCUCCUACCUAUCUAACUGCUACUAGACUAGACCCAGCAAACCUCCGAACCGGCGACUGCGCGACCCAACCUCGAACGCCCGCCCGCCCGCUUCAGGCCUACCCAAUUCCUGAAACUCCCGAGCGGACAUCGGGAGAAACAGGAAUGACAAGCGGACUAUCAUUGGCCAAGCUUCGUCGUUAUCAGCGCGGUGGAGCCUUUCGAGGCUGAGCUAGGCCGGAUCGGGGUCCAGCGGGACCCACCCCGGAUGCAGGUGGCGUGCAGCUGCCCUUAUCGUGACCUCCUGUCCAAUCGAUUCGGAGUGGUGAUGAGCUGAGAGAAAAUGGAACUGAUAAGAAAGGUUCAACUCUCAGGUUCGUGGGUUCCCUUGAGUUUUCCGUUUUCCACGGAAUAGGCUUCUUGGUCGUGGGGAAUACGGAUGGAUGGAUGAUGGAUGGAUUGAGCAUGAAACGUGAAGAUCUUGUGGUUUGCGUCUUGGCUCCAAAUUGGCAGUUUAGUACUUACACCUAUACCGAGUCAAGAUAGAUAGAUGGGUAGUCAACUAGGAUAUCCCUUUCAUUUCUGUUUUUGGAUGAUGUAUCGGACUGGUUUUAUCCUUUCCGUGGUUGAUCAUACUCUUCCUUACAUGAAAAAGGCAUUUCUGCAUGUGAGACGAAGCAGGGUGCAAGCAUGUGCCUGCCUGCCUGCUUUUCUGCCUGUCUGCCUCAAAUUCGAGCCCAGAUCAAACACACGGUCAAUGAUCCCUAUCUAUCUACUAAUCUGGAACCGAUUGCCCAUUCCUUUGCCGGCCCAACUCGGCAGCAGAUAGGGCUCCAGGCCGCGAGUAUGCGCUCUGUAGCUCUGGAACGUGUUCAGUCUGUUAUCAUUGGGCUUGAAGGUAUGCGUGAUAGAUAAACAGCCAGCUGUCGGAGUUCCGCGUGCGCGCAUAUCGAGUAGAUACAUAAAGUAAACAGAAGCCCC